UGAAUCUGAGAAUAGUGAUACGGAACUCAAAAAAGAUAAAGGUAUAAAACGAAUGAUAGAAGAGUUGUCGGAAGAUGUUUUUGGAACAGGUGAAGAUAGUAAUAGUAGUAAACUUCAGAAAUGA